AGAAUCCCUCCUGUUCUUCGUCAACCCUCCAGAACCUGCUCUCUCUUCCUCUACGAGACUACGACCGUGUAAGGACAUGGCCGUCGAGCGCUUGAAGACCGGGUUCGAGCAGUUCAAGGCCGACGUCUACGACAAGAAGCCGGAGCUGUUCGAGCCACUCAAGGCGCACCAGUCGCCCAAGUACAUGGUGUUCGCCUGCUCCGACUCCCGCGUGUGCCCGUCGGUGACCCUGGGCCUGCACCCCGGCGAGGCCUUUGCCGUCCGCAACAUCGCCAGCAUGGUGCCGCCCUACGACAAGACCAAGUACGCCGGCGUCGGCUCCGCCAUCGAGUACGCCGUCUGCGCCCUCAAGGUGGAGGUCAUCGUGGUCAUAGGCCACAGCCGCUGCGGCGGGAUCAAGGCGCUCCUCUCCCUCGAGGACGGCGCGCCCGACAAGUUCCACUUCGUGGAGGAAUGGGUCAGGGUCGGCGCCCCGGCGAAGUCCAAGGUGCUGGCCGACCACGCCUCGGCGCCUUUCGAAGACCAAUGCUCCAUCCUGGAGAAGGAGGCCGUCAACGUGUCCCUUGAGAACCUCAAGUCCUACCCGUUCGUCAAGGAAGGGCUGGAGAAAGGGACCCUCAAGCUGGUCGGCGGCCAUUACGACUUCGUCAAUGGAAAGUUCGAGACAUGGGAACCCUAAGUGGCCAUAUACGUACAAAUACGCCCCACCGGACUUAUUAGCUGCGUGGAGUGCUUAAUUAUUUGCCGCUAUAUAUACACAUAUACCGGAAUUUACCGGUGAGAACUAUACUGUUGUAAUAAUAAUAGCGGGAAAAAAUAUUCUUUGCAUCUGGGAUACAAACACACUUUUUUACGAAUAGAAGAAAAAUAAAUUAGUAAGGGAUUAAUUUAUAAAUUUGAUCUGUUUUUGUGGGUUUGCCUCUAGGUAGUGGAUGUGAGAGGCUUCAAAAGAGUGUUUGUAUCCCGAAUACAAAGAAUUUUUUCAAUAAGGAAUACCUGUGUUAUUUGACUUCU